AUGAGUUGCAGGCAGUCCAUGUCCUCCCCGUGGAGCCGCAACAGCUCUGGGGGCGCUGGGGGCAGCAUGAUGUCCUCAUUCAGCCGCAGGAGCUGCUCAGGGGCUGGUGGAGGAGGGGGCCGAUUCAGCUCUUCCAGUAGCUAUGGAGCGGGGAGCUCUGGGGCCUGUGGGAGGGGAGGUGGUGGCAGUUUUGGUUCCAGCUACGGUGGAGGAUCUGGGGGUGGUUUUAGUGCUGGUAGCUUUGGUGGACGUUCUAGGGGCUUCGGUGGUGGCUCUGGAGGAUGCUUUGGGGGUGGAUCUGGAGGAGGCUUUGGGGGCUCCGGGGGCUUUUGGGGUGGAUCUGGAGGAGGCUUUGGGGGAUUCGGCAGUGGCUUUGAUAGUGGUGCUGGUGGUAUUCUGGGUGCUGAUGAGAAGACCACCAUGCAGGGCCUCAAUUCCCGGCUGGCCUCCUACUUGGAUAAAGUGCAGUCCCUGGAGAAUGCCAACAAGGAACUGGAGAAUAAGAUCCGUGAAUGGUAUGACAAGCAGGGGUCCAGGGUCUGCCACAGGAAUUACUCCCCCUACUAUGACACUAUUGAAGACCUCAAGAACCAGAUUGUGAACAUCACAGUGAACAGCAAUAAGACUGUCCUGGAUCUUGACAACACUCGCAUGACACUGGAUGACUUCAGGAUGAAGUAUGAGAUGGAGAACAGCUUGAGACAAGGAGUGGAUGCUGACAUCAAUGGCUUGCGGAAGGUGCUGGAUGAUCUGACGAUGCAAAAGUCUGACCUGGAGAUGCAGUAUGAGUCUCUGCAGGAGGAACUGAUUGCCCUAAAGAAGAAUCAUGAGGAGGAGAUGAACCAGCUGACUGGGCAGAACUCUGGAGAUGUCAGUGUGGAGAUAAAUGCUGCUCCUGGCAAAGAUCUCACCAAGAUCCUUAAUGACAUGCGUGAGGAGUAUGAGCGGAUCAGUGCUAAGAACCGUAGGGACAUUGAAGAGCAAUAUGAGACUCAGAUGAGCCAGAUGGAGCAAGAGGUGACGAGUAGUGGCCGGGAGAUGGAGUCCAACCACAGGGAGGUGACCCAGCUCCGGCAUAGCAUCCAGGAGAUGGAGAUUGAACUGCAGUCUCAGCUCAGCAAGAAAUCGGCCCUGGAGAAGUCUUUGGAAGACACCAAGAACCGCUACUGUGGCCAGCUGCAGCAGUUACAGGAGCAGAUCAGUAACCUGGAGGGCCAGAUCACUGAGAUCCGGGAAGAGAUUGAAUGCCAGAAUCAGGAAUACAGCCUUCUGCUCAACAUCAAGACACGGCUGGAGCAGGAAAUUAAGACCUACCGCAGCCUCCUUGAGGGUGGCCAGGAGGACUUUGAAUCUCAUGAAUCUGGACGAAGUCACUUUGGAGGUGGCAGAAAUAGAUAUCAAGGUGGAAGCGGAGGCAGUCAUGGAAGAGGAUCCUGGGGAGGAAGUGGUGGCAGCUAUGGUGGAGGAAAUAGUUCUGGAGGAGGAAGUGGAGGCAGCCACGGAGGAGGAAGUGGAGGCAGCUAUGGUGGAGGCAGUAGCUCUGGAGGAGGAAGUGGAGGCAGCUACUUAGGAGGAAGUAGCUCUGGAGGAGGAAGUGGAGGCAGCUACUUAGGAGGAAGUAGUUCUGGAGGAGGAAGUGGAGGCAGCUACUUAGGAGGAAGUAGUUCUGGAGGAGGAAGUGGAGGCAGGGGAGGAAGUGGAAGCAGCUAUGGUGGAGGCAGCAGCUUUGGAGGAGGAAGUGGAGGCAGCCAUGGAGGAGGAAGUGGUGGUGGCUAUGAAGAAGGAAGUGGAUCCAAAGGAGGAAGUGGAAGAUCAUCUCAGUCCCAGUCCUAUUCCUCCAAAUCUGGUGAAUGUGAUGAUAAACAAGGCUCCCAGAAUCAACACUAGAGCUCCUGUAAACUUUCCUGGCCCUGGCCCCAGCUGAGUGUCCUCCAGACAGGCAGCCCCCUGAAGAAGUCUGCUUGUUGUCUUCUGGCAUCAGGAAUAGCUGGCAAUGAGCCCCAGAGCUCAUUUGGGACUGGGCUGAGUGGGCAUGUAUGCCUCUAGCUGCCCAUUGGCUCCCUCCCUUGGGAGAGUUGGGGAGACCUCUCUUCCACUGUCUGGUCUGGGGCUGACCCCCCUCCCUGCCUGAUCUCAAGCUCCUAAUA